CAAGGCUAGCGAUGUAGCAUCUAGCAUUUACUUGGAGGAGAUCUUUGGAUAAGUUUUGUCCAGUAGAUUAUAGUGUGAUGCAGUGAAAUGGCUGGUCGUAUUCCUCUGGUUUUGCUGGCCUGUGGCUCCUUUAACCCCAUCACCCAUCAGCACAUGAGGCUGUUCGAGCUGGCCAGGGACCAUAUGCACCAGACGGGUCUGUAUCGUGUGGUGGGUGGCAUUGUGUCUCCUGUCAGUGAUUGUUAUGGUAAACAGGGUCUUGUUGCUUCGAAACACCGGCUCGCUAUGGCAAGACUGGCCCUGCAGAGCUCUGACUGGGUUACUGUCAAUGACUGGGAGAGCCAGCAGUCUGAUUGGACAGAGACUUUGGUGACAAUGAGGUACCACUACAGCCACAUAGCUGCUCAGCACCAGCAAAAAACAGGAGAGUGCAAGAACCUGUCUACAAAUAAGCAGCCAGACUCAAGUGGUCCCCAGCUGAAGCUGCUUUGUGGAGCAGAUUUCAUGAACACAUUUAAGGUGCCUGGGCUGUGGAAGGAUGAUGACAUAGAGGAGGUGGUGGGGCGCUUCGGAGUAGUCUGUGUGAGCCGUGGUAGCCUGCAGCCAGACCAGGCUGUACAUGAGUCCGACAUGCUGUCCAGGCACAGACAGAACAUUUUCCUGGUUCGGGAGUGGGUCCACAAUGAGAUCAGUGCUACAGAGGUCAGACGAGCCUUACGACGGGGCUACAGUGUUAAAUACCUCUUACCAGACUUGGUUAUUGAUUACAUAAGAGAGCACAACCUGUACACGCAGGACAGUGAGAUAAAGAACAAAGAUGCUAAACUGCGACCUCUUACCAAGCAAGCAAUACAAGACUGACAUAUAGGGACUCUUCCUUUUUAAGGUGUGAAAGCAGGUUGCUCUAGAGGCGGUGCAUAUUUUGUCUAGUGUAAAUUAGGCACAUCUUCAAGUUAAAUUGAGUAUUAUCCAUGACCAUCGUUACCUGGCCACCACAGUGUAAUGUGUGGAGAGGGAUUUAAGAAUGUAUGCUGUCUCUGCAGGAGAUAGAUUUGCCAGAUCAUUACAGAGCUGUAUGAAUAUGUUCUGCAGGUCUGGGAUUUGUUGACUUUUGCUGAAUGUCACAAGGAAGAUAAAUAACAGAGACUUUACACUUUGUAGUGCAAACAUCACUUCUUGAAUUUCCAUUUGCACAGAAAGCACCGUUCAUAGUGUCAGAUCUCACAAGACGUUUCAUCAAGCGUUUCUGACAUGAUAAAAUGAAAUAAUGUAUUUUAAGUUGAAGUCUGAUUCUGAAUCUAGUAGUCUUUUUCAUUGCAUUACUGACUGUAAAGUUUUGGCUCAAACACUAGUUGCUUUAAGGGUGUUUUCGAAAUGUUGGAGCUCAAUGCCCACAGCCUUUUGUGUGGAGUUUGUGUUGGUUUAAAAGAAUGCCUUUAUUCUUGCUGUCUCAAAAGAGAAGCUUGAGAAAUUGGCUGAUUGAGACUAAUUCAAAAGGCACUUUAAGGGUGACAGUUGAAAGGAGUGAUGAUUCAAUCAGAAUCGGAGUCAGAAUUAGAAUGAGCUUACACAUACAAGGAGUUUGUCUUCGUGACAGGAGCAUCCAGUGCACAACAAUACAAAACAGCAACAAGACAGAUAAUACAAAAUGUAAUAAAAAAAAAAUUGCAUAGAAAGUAAAGUAUAUAUAGAAUACACAAUAAGACAAUACCUUCUUCGGUUGUCUAUCGAAAUCGGAUGAUGACGUCCACUCAUUUAACAGUGAGAUCUUUGAUGGCUGACCUUGAUGUAGCUGGCCAUAUAUCACUCUCUCUCUCUCUCUCUCUCUCUCUCUCUCUCUAUAUAUAUAUAUAUAUACACACACAUACGUAGUGCAAAUCUAAAUACAAAUAUGUUAUAUAGAGUGCAAGGGAAUGUAAUGGCAGUAAAAGUUGGAUAUGUUGGAUAAAUAUAAAAAGACUAGGCUGUGAAUUGCACAUAACUAUUGCUCAAUGUGGGUCUCCCACUUCAGGUCCUGAAAGACUCCACUGCUGCCACAAUGCUGUUCAGAAUGGUCAGGGGGGACAGUGUUGGGGUGUUCCUAUAUCAAGCACAAUACAUACUUUGAAGAAAACAGUUUUUAUAUGAAGAAUUUUAAUGGUAUAACAUUUUGAACUUCCCUUGUAAAUACAUGUUUAAUCAUGUAGCACAUGACAUACAGAAAUAUUCCACAGAUUACAUAGCUCAAUGCAUGUUAUGUAGUCUAUUAAACAACAUCACCUUGCAUCACUGGUGACAGAAACAAGAUUCAGUGUUUAUAUCACCUCAACACUUGGUGCACAGAAAAAUUAUUGUAACAAUUAAUAGAUAUUUAUUUUCCGAUCAUAAAUGGUCAUAAAUAACUUCAGACUUCACAAAAAAAAAAAAAAGAAGUUAAAAAACAUAACAAAAUCAACCAUAAACACAGGGGGUGAGUUUAGAAAUGACCCAUACUGCUCCUAUUACUACUACUGACAUGUCUGUCUAUGUAGUCUGCUCUAAAAGUAGAAUGCCAUUCUGAACUCGGCCAGUGUACAAACCGAUCAGCCACAACAUUAAAACCACCUGCCUAAUAUU